UCACGUAGGUGAUUUUGCUCAACCCAACCUCAGCAAUUAUGUAUGCAAGCAGAGCUAGUGUGUAUAUCAAAAUGAAGAAACCCAAUGCUGCUAUCCGAGAUGCCAAUGCUGCUCUCGAGAUUAAUCCAGAUUCGGCUAAAGGGUACAAAUCCCGUGGCAUGGCAUGGGCAAUGCUUGGUCAAUGGGGAGAGGCUGCUAAGGAUCUUCACUUGGCAUCAAAGCUGGACUACGAUGAGGAAAUAAGUGCUGCACUAAAGAAGGUUGAACCCAAUGCACACAAAAUUGAGGAACACCGUAGGAAGUAUGAGAAGUUGCGCAAAGGCUAAUAUAUG